CUCGCAGCUUGCGUCGUCGUUCAGUCCUCGCCUCUUCGAAUCGCUGCCGGAUUGGCUUCACUCCGAGCACUGAUUAGCGGCGCCGAUCAAGCGUACAAUAUCCAUGUAAAUAGGUGGUUGGGAUCUGUGGUUGUUCAGAGGUUUAAAGGGGCUUCAUGUUCUUAAGGAGAGGGUUUGCAUUUAUUAGCCCUCACUUUUUUUUAAGGGGCUGCAGCUUUUGCUCAAAAGCAUUGCCCAAGGGAAUCCUUGGAAGCGAGAAUGAAAGGGUAUCUCGUUCAGAUGGCAUAGCAAAUGGUUCAUUCAGGCAUCAGCUAUCUCCAUUGUUCCCUGAUGACAAACCUCAAUCAGGUGCCUAUGAUGUUGAACUUGUAGAUGAUGAUACUUGGGCAGUUUCAUGUGGUUUAGCAGGAGCAUGGGAAGGGAGAGAGAAGGCCUGGUCUGGCUUGGAAAAUAAAUACUUCUUAGAGGAAGAGGAUCAUGACCCAGUUGAUUAUUGUGAUUCAGAUCUUGAUGAUAUUGACAACAUGAGAAUACGUGGGAAUCUAUUCUAUAAACUUGACCGGGGUUCCAAAGAGUUUGAAGAAUAUAGCUUUGAUUUUCAUMGGAAGAAAAAAUCUAUAAAGGAAGAUCAGAAGCAAAGCAGAAGCAGAAUCAAUGAUAAACCCGAUAAUUGUUUGGCAAGUGGCUAUGUAAAGCUUCCUGAACAUGUGAAGAACAAAUAUGUCAUAGUUGAAAGGGAUAAUGAUGACGUUGAGAAGAAGCUCAGGACGCCCACUUUUAAUCAGCUCACUGGUCCUUACCAUGAGCCAUUUUGUCUAGAUAUAUACAUAUCAAAGGCUUCAGUUCGUGCUUGCAUCAUUCACCGAGUGACUAGUAAGGUUGUUGCUGUGGCACAUUCAAUUUCUAAGGAUAUGAAAUUUGACCUGACUUCAAGGAAGGAUUCCUCUGCCUGUGCUGCUGUGGGGGCUGUUUUGGCCCAGAGAGCACUGGCAGAUGAUAUCCACAAUUUGGUUUACACUCCAAGAAAGUUCGAGAGGAUAGAAGGGAAGCUUCAAAUUGUGCUUCAGUCUGUAAUUGAUAAUGGAAUGAAUGUGAAGGUAAAGAUUAAGCAGCAAAAGAGACCCAGAAAAGUUGGAAGUCCACCAUUAGCAUAGGCGGAUGAAUAUCAUUGAAGUUGCC